UUUCUACAUGUUGAUGGAAGGACAUGGAUUGUCCAGCCUGUGGUAAAAAGGGACGUCAGGUUUUUACAUGUUGAUGUAAGGACAUGGAUUGUCCAGCCUGUGGUAAAAAGGGACGUCAGGUUUCUACAUGUUGAUGGAAGGACAUGGAUUGUCCAGCCUGUGGUAAAAAGGAACGUCAGGUUUCUACAUGUUGAUGUAAGGACAUGGAUUGUCCGGCCUGUGGUAAAAAGGGACAUCAGGUUUCUACAUGUUGAUGUAAGGACAUGGAUUGUCCGGCCUGUGGUAAAAAGGGACAUCAGGUUUCUACAUGUUGAUGGAAGGACAUGGAUUGUCCGGCCUGUGGUAAAAAGGGACAUCAGGUUUCUACAUGUUGAUGGAAGGACAUGGAUUGUCCAGCUUGUGGUAAAAAGGGACAUCAGGUUUCUACAUGUUGAUGUAAGGACAUGGAUUGUCCAGCCUGUGGUAAAAAGGGACGUCAGGUUUCUACAUGUUGAUGUAAGGACAUGGAUUGUCCAGCCUGUGGUAAAAAGGGACAUCAGGUUUCGACAUGUUGAUGUAAGGACAUGGAUUGUCCAGCCUGUGGUAAAAAGGGACAUCAGGUUUCUACAUGUUGAUGUAAGGACAUGGAUUGUCCAGCCUGUGGUAAAAAGGGACGUCAGGUUUUUACAUGUUGAUGUAAGGACAUGGAUUGUCCAGCCUGUGGUAAAAAUGGACGUCAGGUUUUUACAUGUUGAUGUAAGGACAUGGAUUGUCCAGCCUGUGGUAAAAAGGCACGUCAGGUUUUUACAUGUUGAUGUAAGGACAUGGAUUGUCCAGCCUGUGGUAAAAAGGAACGUCAGGUUUUUACAUGUUGAUGUAAGGACAUGGAUUGUCCAGCCUGUGGUAAAAAGGGACGUCAGGUUUUUACAUGUUGAUGUAAGGACAUGGAUUGUCCAGCCUGUGGUAAAAAGGGACAUCAGGUUUUUACAUGUUGAUGUAAGGACAUGGAUUGUCCAGCCUGUGGUAAAAAGGAACGUCAGGUUUUUACAUGUUGAUGUAAGGACAUGGAUUGUCCAGCCUGUGGUAAAAAGGAACGUCAGGUUUCUACAUGUUGAUGGAAGGACAUGGAUUGUCCAGCCUGUGGUAAAAAGGAACGUCAGGUUUCUACAUGUUGAUGUAAGGACAUGGAUUGUCCAGCCUGUGGUAAAAAGGGACAUCAGGUUUCUACAUGUUGAUGUAAGGACAUGGAUUGUCCAGCCUGUGGUAAAAAGGAACGUCAGGUUUCUACAUGUUGAUGGAAGGACAUGGAUUGUCCAGCCUGUGGUAAAAAGGAACGUCAGGUUUCUACAUGUUGAUGUAAGGACAUGGAUUGUCCAGCCUGUGGUAAAAAGGAACGUCAGGUUUCUACAUGUUGAUGUAAGGACAUGGAUUGUCCAGCCUGUGGUAAAAAGGGACAUCAGGUUUCUACAUGUUGAUGUAAGGACAUGGAUUGUCCAGCCUGUGGUAAAAAGGAACGUCAGGUUUCUACAUGUUGAUGGAAGGACAUGGAUUGUCCAGCCUGUGGUAAAAAGGGACGUCAGGUUUUUACAUGUUGAUGGAAGGACAUGGAUUGUCCAGCCUGUGGUAAAAAGGGACGUCAGGUUUUUACAUCUGCACUGGACCUUUUAA